UUAGGGCUCGAGCAAGGCGCGUUUGGCUGUGGAAUGCCCGGUAAGGAGCGAUCUCGGUGCCGCUGCCGCAUUCUCGAACUGGAUUUACAUGUCUCGUCAGGGAGGAGGAGUCCGCCGUCUGGUGCUGCGCCUCAAAUCGCGUAGGCUGCUGUGCCUGCGCCGCGGCAGAUCUAGAUGCGCGCUUCUGGGCAGCGGUAGAAGGUCUUGGCGCUCUCAUGGUCACCUGAGAGAUUACUGCUCGCCGCGCUGGUCCAACGCACACGGUACCGCCGCCGCCACGGGAUUCUUCCUCUCCUUCUGAAGAUUUCUCUUGUGGGAUGGAGGUAGCGAAUUCUUCCCAGGAGGACUCUGUUCCUACAGAGCUCAUGGAUUUGCCAACCAGUCUCUUGGUGGACGUGCUGUCCAGGAUCUCCGACCCCGUUCACCUGGCCUCCAUCUUAUCGGCCUGUCGGCAAUUCAAGGCUCUGGUGGCCACGGUCUCGUGGGAGCUGCGGCUGGUGCCGGGGAUGCUCGAGGACAAGGAGCUCAAGUUUAGUCCUGGAGCGUGGCAGCGCGCGGCAGUGGCGAUGAUCCGAGCUCGGAUGCCACUCACGCGACUUUUGGAUCUGACUGGCUGCUCGAUCAUGGACGACGACGUUGCGUCUCUACUCGGCUAUCUCCGGAACCUGCAUUGCCUCAUUCUCGACAGCUGCCAGAAGUUGACUUCCUCUGUGAUAGAUGCCUUGGCAGUGUCGGUGAGAUCGGGACCGAGAGCUCUCAGCUUACAGCGAUGUUUUAGAAUUGGACCGACAGCGGCUGGAAACUUGCUGGCUGCCGCAGCCGCGGAUGGCUCUCGACUACGGUGUAUUCUUCUUAGUCACCUCGACAGAUUGGAACUUCCCAGGGAGUCUCCUCUCAUCGAGGAGGAACAUAUAUAUGAGCUCCCUCAUUCAUUUGGGAGUCUGGGAUCUGCUUUGAGAAUUCUGGCUCUACACAAUUGCGGUGGCCUUGGAACAUUUGAGCUGGCAGCGGUGGCCGCAACAUGUCCUUUGGUGGAGCUUAUGUUCUUGGGAGGAUCGGUCGAGGCCUUGGGGUUGUCUAGAGAAGAGAACCUCUCGGAGGAGAGAGUCUCUAUUGCUACGAUAACUCUUGUGGACUUUGCUCGUUCUCUUAAGAAGCUCCAAAUGCUGGAGCUCACCUUCUUUACACAGCCGGUUGUUCAUGCAGUGAGGGAGGAGCUUCUUAAUUUAAUACAAGUCUGGAACUUUUGUGAGGAACAAUCGGUCACGGCAGCUGUGUGGUUUUUGAGAGGAAGCAGUAUCAAGAGCCCGGACCUUCCAAUCUUAAGCAACUGGGAAGACAUUCGCGAGGACGUUGCUCUAGCACUCCGUGCCGCUGCAAACUGCUCGGAUAUCCGUCGCCGGACGCCUCUUCACUGGACGUCAUGCCAGGGCGAAGCUCACUCGGUAAAAUGCCUCAUCGACAUCGGUGCUGCACCUAGAGGGAUUUUGGACUCGUCAGGAGCUACACCGCUGUUCGUGGCUGCUGAGUUUGGCCACGCUCCAGUUUGCAAGCUCCUGCUAGAAGGUGGCGCUGAUAUGUUUGCAAAGAACCGCGGUGGAGAGAAUCCCAUCUACAUUGCCUCGCUCAAGGGCCACUGUGACGUGGUCGAAGUGAUGCUCGCCUUUUGUGCGACGCGGGGAUGGAACUGGCAAGACGUGAAACUAUAUGGUGAUGGAUGGACUCCUCUCAUGGCGGCAGCGGUGGCGGACAGGCAAGACGUUGGAAAAGCUCUUUUGCUGGCGAGCGGCUACAACUUUAGCAGAUCCUCGUCGAGUUCCUCCUCACCCGCCACAAAGCUUUUGGACGCGCAAAACAGGCAUGGUCAGACCGCAAUGCACAUAGCUGCGCGAAGAGCCUCGGUGUGGUUUGUCACCAAUCUUCUCGCAGCGGGGGCGUCCGUGGAGAUCCCGGAUGAGUAUGGACACCGAGCACUGGACGUGGCGGUUUAUUAUUGUCACCACUCGGUCGUAGAGAUUCUCAGACAGUGGGAAGAUCAGCACAGUACUAGCGGCGGCGGCGGCGGCGGUGGCGGUGGAGGUGGCGGUGGUGGAAGCGGCGCUAGACGAAGGCUUGGAGCAGCUAAAGCCACUGCCUCGAAGCCCCAAACAAAAAUUUGGAGGGCCAAGCAACAGCACCACCACCAAGAACAAGAACACGGUAGAAAUCAUGUAUAGAUUGGAAUCAUGAAAACGUGAGAGAGCCACAGGCUCGGCCACGCGAGGAGAGCCACUGCUUCCAACAUUCUGGGACGAUUAAGAGCUUGUUGGUGA